GCCUACACAUCUUUCUAUAAUACAUUGUGUUGUUUCAGACUCUCAUCUCUCAACACAAAUUCUCGUUUUCUUAUUCUUCUUCAUCCCUGUUCCCAUUUUUCCUCCCCAGCAUCUUUGCUCAUUCUGUGGGUGAAGCGAGUUUUUGCGAUGUCGGAGAAAGGAGGAAAGGGCGCUUCUCUAUUAAGCAAAGGGGGACUAGGAUCCAUGAAAGGGAAAGAUGACAGUGCGACAAAAUCAGCGAAAGGGAGGAGGGUUCAGUUUUCUAAAGAUGGUCCAUAUGAAUCUGGAAUAAGUAGUAGUUCACCCAUUUCACUAAAAUCUGUUGGAAAAGGAGGAAAAGGAGAUAAGGUUGCAAAUGGAGGAAAGAGCUCUCAGUCAAAAGACUCACAAUCAUCAGAACUGGAUCAAAAACUUCCAGAAAAUAUCAAGUGUCUUAUGGACUGUGAGGCUGCAGAUAUUUUACAAGGAAUUCAGGACCAGAUGGUCAUGUUAUCUAGAGAUUCAACUAUCAAAAUGCCCACGUCAUUUGACAAGGGACUGCAGUAUGCCAGAAGCACUAGCAAGUACACAAAUGCACAGUCUGUUAGACACGUUCUUGAACCUCUUGCAAAUAAUGGUCUCAGUGACUGUGAGACAUGUGUGAUUGGUAAUGUAUGCCCAGAAUCUGCUGAUGAAGUUUUUGCUCUUCUCGCAAGAUUGAAGGGUAAGAGAAACGUUGACAAGGAAGUUCUUAAAGAUUCAUUGAUUGAGCUUGCGAAGCUUAGACAGCCAAUGUAGAGCCUAAUAAUGAAAGAACUUUUAUGGGUUUUGGCGUGUAGGAGAUAUGUAGCACAUGGAACAGUUUUCAAACUUUACACCUUGUGUAAAACUUCAAUGAAUCCAUGUUUAUAUUGAUUAUCAGUUUCUAGUCAUAUUUCCGACUUGUUUGUACAGAUGUCUAUUGUAGAACUUGUGCAUGACAAUUUGAUGAUUUUGCAUUGACAAGAC